AUCUUCAAUGGAUCAUGGCGCUAUUCUGACGCCGCAUUCGUCGGAGCAGACACUGAUUGGGCUGCAAAGGAACGAGUCUGCGCCUGACAGCCAACCCUCCCGGCCGGGUCCUUCCUCGCUACCCCUGUUGGAACGAAAUGACUCCUUAGAGAGUCAGGGUUCGCAAACAGAGUGGUUCGAAGAUAAUAACCCGGAGCAAUCUAAUGAUACUACGCGCGGGUUCCCGUGGUUAUGGGUAUUCCGCGUCUGGAAAUUCCAGCUUUCUGCAUCUCUUCUAUGCUCGGCAAGCCUCGCCGGUUUGGCUAUCAUGGCCGCAACUUUCUCCGACCGCCCUUUGGCAGACUGGCCCUUGUCGUUCAUAUCUAUCAACGGCGUCGUGGCUAUAUUAACGGUCCUGUUGAAAGACCCGCUGAUGGUCCUCAUUGCCGAUUCGAUCAGCCAAGCUAAGUGGCCGUGGUUCUCGCGAGAGGGGCAAGCCGGGCGGCCGCUGGUCGACCUGGAGUUGAUCGAUAACGCCUCCCGAGGUCCUUGGGGGAGUUUCGUCUGGUUGUAUAAACACCCGCUGGGUCUGCAUCUUAUCAGCUUUGGGGCGCUUUUGACGAUGCUGGUCGCUGGCGUGGACGUCUUCUCUCAGCUGCUUAUUACCACCGAGGGAAAAGUCGUUAUCGAUCCUGGGCAGAAAGCUCACGUACCGUGGGCGAUGAACAACAGUGCCCCGAUAUACGGCCCAGCUUCCGCCUUGAUGCCAAAGACGUGGAUGUCAUGUUCCGACCUGCUCUGCAAUUACACAAUCGAUGGGGAACAACAGUCAUGGCCGGAUGUGAUGAAUGCGCCUAAACCAAAUUCAGUAUGGAAACUUGAUGACCUUCGCAGGCUUUUCCCACCGCCAUCAAACGUCACAGGCACGCGGGAGUAUGAUAUGCCUUUGUCUGUGCUUGUUCUUAUUCGGGGAGGCACUAAUAGCUCUAUCGGUACGCAUGCCGAAUGGCUUGAAGAUGGCCAUAUAAGUAUCGGAGCUUUUGCGGUCUUUGAAAUACCUAUAAAGGACGAAAAUGACGAGCUUGACUUCAGUAUCUCGUUCGGGGAACCCGUUGUGACUAGAUGCUCCUUUUGGUUCUGCAUGCAAGGUAUUCCUGCAAAUGUUGAUUCGGGGAGACCCAGGCAAACAGUGGCAUCCACCGAAAGGGCCUCGUAUGCGACAACUUUGGAUUCGUGGCGUGGCAUGGUUACCACAGAACCAUUGGGAGGGACUUUCAGCGACGUCCCCGAUUUCAAUAUGAAGGGACGCAAUUUCUCCGUAACACCCUUGAACCCCAGCUCUCCAGGGCAGCAAGAAUCUUCCACUAUUUCGACAUCCUCUGUGUUUGGCGACACUCCAAUGAAGUACAUUAGUUUUACCUGGUGGUCGAAACCUCAAGGACCAGCAAACCUCGAGACUCCUCCUCCCCGUAACGCUCCCCUCUUCUUUCGAGCGUGGGAAUACACAGCAAACGAUCGCUCGGCAUGGGCCAACAGAAUCGCCAAGAGCUUAACGAACAUAAUACACCUGCAGAGCCAGCCGGACCCCAAAGACGAUGUCUAUGCCGGAAACGCCUGGAUUCAACAGACAUACAUCAAAGUGUCUUGGCCAUGGAUCGCAUACCCGAUCGCAGUGCUUCUAGCUAGCUUACUCCUUUUCGCUGGUAACAUAUACAGGUCUUCGAGCCCUAACCAGAGGAUUUGGGGCACGGGGAUGUUGGCCCUGCUAAUUUCCGAUAUUGACAGGUCUAUCAAAGACCAGGCCAGAGGAUCCUCCUGUCGUUCGAACGACGAGCUGAUAGAAGCUACGGGACAUGCUGUAGUUCGUUUGGAGGACGACGAGUCGGGGUGGGUAUUUCGACACGACAAAGAUUCUAAAUAG